AUGGCUGAUCAUCAGCUCUUUGAAUUUGACGAUGAGAGCGAGUUCGUCAGCUCACCCACAAACACAAUGGCCGAUUCAGCAAUAUACUUUGAACAUGCCGGAGCAUCGUCUGGUCGAGGUACUCCUACUCUCUUCCCACCAGCGCUGAUCAACGAAGAAGACGACGAUGAGCACGACGAUAAUAAUAAUAGUAAUACACCAACAUCUCCAGAUCACAGCAACCGUAAAGCCAUACCGCAUCAUCAACAGCGUAUCAUUGUCGCUGGAGUCGAAAUGGCUCGAUCGCCGAGUAUUCCCAUCGCUGGAUCAUCAUCAAGGAGGAAUGACCACAAUAACAACAGUAAUAAUAUAUUGGGACAAGUUACAAACUCGAUGGUACUUGAAGUACAUCAAUUCCAGUCUCAUGAUGCAGCACAGUCGUUUGGACGAUCUGUUGGUGGUAGUGGUGGUGUAGCUGCAGCAGUGCAAGAGCAGCCGAAUGAGGAAGUCAAGGUUGGGUUGGAGGAUUUUGAGAUGCUGAGUGUUAUAGGCAAGGGUGCAUUUGGGAAGGUUUACCUUGUCAGGUUGAAGGGUACUUCUCGUGUGUUUGCUCUCAAAGUAUUGAAAAAGGCUUCUAUUGUACUGCAUUCCAAAACUCAUGAACAUACUCGAAAUGAACGAACCAUACUCGAAGAAGUCCGACACCCCUUCAUCGUCAAGCUCUACUAUGCCUUCCAAACUCUCGAGAAGCUCUACCUGGUCCUCGAAUAUGCUCCUGGAGGAGAACUCUUCAACCAACUCGCCAUUGAACGCAUGCUGUCUGAAGAAGCCACAUCCUUUUAUAUCGCAGAAUUAUUGUUAGCUAUCGAACAUUUACACAACCUCGGUAUAAUCUAUCGAGACUUGAAGCCUGAAAACUGCUUGCUGGACAAGGACGGACAUAUCUUGCUUACGGAUUUCGGUUUGUCAAAGACGAGCUUGGAGGCAAAGACGGUUUGUGGCACUGUGGAGUUUAUGCCGCCAGAGAUUAUACUUGAGCAAGCGUAUGACAGGACGGUAGAUUUCUGGGCUUUGGGUAUCAUGACAUUCAACCUGUUGACUGGAUCUGCACCAUUUACUGGCAAUAAUCGUAAAAAAGUUGGAGAGAAGAUUGUUAAGGGCAAGGUUGUAUGUCCCAAUUAUAUGUCUUCUUUUGCCAAGGAUUUCUGUAUUCGACUCUUACGAAAAUCACCUACUCAACGCCUUGGUUCCGGUGGCAUAGCAGACAUCAAGAAGCAUUCCUUCUUCCGUAAGCUAGACUGGAAGAAGCUAGCUGAACGACAAGUAACACCACCCAUCGUGCCCAAGAUUGAAUCUACCGUCGACGUUAGGAAUUUCCUAGACAGUUUCACAUCUAUGGCUUUGGAAUCACCACCUUCUGCAGAUGGUGCUCCUUCUCUUGGAGUUGGAUCGGUGAAUGUCGAGGAUGCUUUCAAGGGGUUUAGUUAUGUGAACAAGUUCCUGACGUGA